AUGGUUGCAAGUUCAUUUUGUGUUAUGGAUGAGCAAGUGGAAUGGCAACCUCCUCGUCCGAUAAUAAUUAUCGACAGCGGAACGGGAUUUCUGAAGGCUGGUUUAAGCGGACCUCAUGCUCUCCCAACAGUAAUUACACCUUGUAGCGAAAACAUUUUGAGACGUCAAUUUUUGCAAGACGAAUCAUGGCAGUCUGUUGAACGAGAGAAAAGAGCGUCUGUUGUAAACUUCGAAUCUUUAGAAAAGCUGUGGAACGACGCUCUAACCAAACUGAAGGUAGAUGUAACACAACACGAGGUCAUACUCACUGAAAGUGAGUUGAAUGUUGAAAAAGAUCGCGCAGCGAUGGCACAAAUAAUAUUCGAAACAUACGGUGCUCCAGGAUUGUAUAUCGGCAACGAAUCGGCUCUUUCUCUGUUCUCGCAUCAGCAACGAACUGGCGUGGUUGUUGACUGCGGACACAAUGUUUGUACAAUUGUAAUGAUCUACAGAGGUCAACGUUGUCAAAUGACGAACACGAUACUAAACUAUGGCGGUCGAGAUGUGACCAUGCGUUUACUAUCAGAUUUAUUCGAAAGCGGCUACGAGGAGUUAAAUUAUCGAGACUUGGAUCACGUCGACGAAGUAAAGAAGAUAAAAGAAAAAGUAGCGUACGUGAGUGGCCACUACUACUCAGAAAUGCUCGGUGUACCUAACAUGGAUUCAAUUUCGGUUCCUUGUCAAGUUGUCAAAGACCAAGUCGUGAAUAUUCGCCAAGAACGUUUUACGUGUGCAGAAGGUCUCUUUCGUCCUCACAUGUUUCAAAAGCCUGACGAUGGAAUUCAUGACGCAAUCUACAAUGAUAUGGAGUUGCAAAUUGCAGAGAUACGAGAUAUGCUUUACUCGGCUAUCUUUUUGUGCGGCGGCUGCACAAUGCUGCUGUCGUUUGAAGACAGGUUACGUUUAGAACUUCACAAAUUGACGCAGAGAAAAAAAUAUAUUCAAGUGAAUGCUGAAUCGCAUCGUCAAUACAGUGCUUGGAUCGGUGCAAACAACUUAGUGAAUCACAUGCCGGACCUUCUGAAGAAACUAUUGGUCACCAGAUCGGAAUAUCAGGAAGAGGGUGUGGAAGCGUUCAAAAGAAAACUAUUUCAUAAAACUUUGUUUGAGUGGGAAUGGUAAAUAAUUUUGUAUAAGUUAAUUAAAUGUCAAGUAAUGAAAUUGCAGUUAAUGGUUAUAUUUGUAUCUGUGGCAUAUAUAAAACAUUGUAUUAAGUUGUUUUGCACAAGACAGUACACAAACAAGCAAACAUUGCUAAGAAAAGUAUAAAAAUUAAUUAAUUGACUU